CAAACUCAACGGCGACACAAAAGUAAUAACUUAAACUCUCUUCAAACGCAUUUGAUGUGCAAUAUCCGUCCACAGUUUGAAUGAGUAAUUUAGACAAUGGAAUCAAAUACGUCAAAAGAGCAAUCGAUCGAGCAAGCAUUAAGGAGGCUUAAAUAUUUGCACACUUCGCUGGUGCUUCACGGAGCAUUUUCAAAACAACAUGGAUAUAAUGUUGGUGAACGCAUCAUAACGAGUACACGUUUGCAGUCUACCAACAAGGAACGAUUUAGGACAACAGAGUGGAGUUCUGAGAAACGGUGCUUUCUUUCUUUACAACCCAAUACUUCGAAUCCAUUCGGAGAAAAGACUAAAAGACGAAUUUUAAAGUGUAAUCAAGCCCAAAAAGCCUUACGAACUGGUCGUGCGCCAUUGCGUGUGUCUCGUUCGUUGUCAGUGACCGAGGAACAGCUUGAUUCGACAAACGUAAAUGAGAUCAUCUUGAGAGAUGUUGAAGUAAGAGAACGUAGACGUACUUCGAAGUCCGCGUCAAGUGGACCAUGUUUUAUUGAUCCGUACAAAUGCCUUAAUACUUUUACCUACGGCUUUGACGGUAACACUCGUAACAAGAAAGUAACAAAGGAAUACUCUACGAACAUGAAGAUCAAUCGCGUCACUUUCUCUGCUAGACCGAGUGGUCGUAAGGACAAAUCAAUGCACGAAAAUAAAAUCGAAGUUCCGAAAAGUUGCUUCUUCAAUGGUUGGGGUGUGCGGUCUAAGAAGGUACAUUUACCAAAACGAAACACGGGCGACGAUUCUGAGAGACAUACCACAGUGGGAGCCAUAGAUAUUGCCGCUGGUAUAAAGACUCUCAGAUUAGAUCCUAAACGAGUACAACAAGGAUACCACGAGAGAACAAUUCCACAACCCCCACCCACACCUGUUCGACAAAUUGAUAUAAGACUACCUCAAGGAAAGAUGGUUAAAUAUCAACUGCCCGAAGACGAAUGACUGACCUGCGCAAGUGUUAUAACUUCUUACUACACAAUGCCUAAUAUCCCUGCAAAGUUAGAUAAGGAAGUCAUGAAAAGCUGUUUGUCAAAACAGUUAACAAAUUUGUAUUUAAUCUGUUAGACUGAGGCUAUAAACAAGUGUGUCAUAAUCAUAGGUUCAGUAUGGAUACUUUUAACUCGCUACAAACCAUCUCUCAAUUAGAUCCGGCCGAAAACGAAACUAACGCAGAAUGAUGCGCAAUAUUUAUCCACAACAUUUUCCUUCUUAGUUGAUUGCCAUCGCACAUGUAAUAUUCUACUUAAUAAAUUAUCUCGUUAAAUAACUGCUCGUAGAAGGUUGAGAUUGAUUUGUUACUUUUAUCUUCAUUAGGGAUAAUGUAAAUGUAAUAUACUUUCACUUUGAGAGAGAUCUUA